ACUUUCACCCCAGGAUGCGACAUGGUCCUCGCACAGGAUAUUGGUGUUGUUUACCUGUAUUUUUUCGAUGUAUGACGAGGGGAUGUAGCCGGUUUCCCCCGAGCUGCAGCGGGACCCCAGCCACCAGUGUUUGUUGCUCCUCUCCAGGAUUAGGAAGCUUUCUCCGGCCGCGAAGUGCAGCGAGUUGGGCUCCGCGGAUCGGAAGGCGUACAGAGACCGGUACAUACUUUAAUAAAAACACUUUAACAAGCCGAAAUUACCAGAAAUAUCGAAAGAACCGGUGUCGGAAGAUAAGUAGUCUCCGAGAGGAAAAAUCUGCUCUGUUGGAGGAGAUUUAAAGAGACUAUGAAGGCAUGGCCCCGGUGGAUCGCCGCUGUCUAUUUACAAUGUAGCAGCCCGGAUCAUCUGACCUGAGUGCAGUGAUCGAUGAUCACCGCAGGGGGCGCUGCUGCUCCACACAGGCAUCUUAAUCAAAGGCAGAGCAGGAUCCUCGAACUGAUCCCUGAACAGCCGCAUCACCAUUACAUUUCAUAAAAUAGUUCCUUAUACAGGCAGUGAUAACACUUUCUAAAUGUUUAAAUAAUAAUUCAAUAAUAACAGUAGACUAUUAUACAAUUUGCUGUGCCUGACUUAAUGCAUAUUAAAGGUAGGGCAGGUAAUUCACUUCAGAAACACUUUUUGUUAUAUUCCAUGGAAUGCUCUUAACAUCCCGAUAGCAAUGAAUACAUCUUUAACAUUAACUUCCCAGUUUUUAAGUGUUCUUAAACUGAAAGCACAUUAAUACAAGUAAAAUAAAAAUGGUUCGAUUGAGCUUUACACAACACCGGAAACAGACGGCUGGUGUUACACAGAACUCCGUCCCCCUUCUGUGUCGCCGGUUGAACAUGGCCACUGCUGUGUGUGCUAGAUUGCUCCUUCAGAGAUCAACACACGGGUUUCUCUUUUCCUCCAGGGCAGGACCCGCUCUCUCAAGCCCCUUUCUGUCUCGUGCACACAGAUUGGAUCCCAGCGAUGAUGAGAUGUACCAGCGUACCUCGGUGUCCGUCAUGCAGAAGGAGCCGGGCAGCGGGGUCAUGAUCUACAACUACAGCUCCAGGGGAUUCAACAUCGACGGAAACAAAGUGUUGGGGCCCUGUGCUUUGCUGCCUCCUGCGAUCCUGCAGUGGAAUGUUGGCACUCAUAAAGACAUCACAGAAGAAAGCGUCUCACUUUUCCACAUGCUUGAACCAAGAAUAGAGAUUCUUGUGCUGGGCACAGGUUCACGGACUGAACAAAUUGAUCCCUCAGUCCUCGCUCUACUCAAGCGUAAAGGCAUCGCUGUGGAGGUGCAAGACACGGCAAAUGCAUGUGCAACCUUCAACUUCCUGAUCAGUGAGCGCAGAGUGGUCGCUGCAGGUCUGAUCCCGCCUCCUGUCAGCACGGCGCUGUCACUCAAACAGGAAUAAGAGUUGCUGCUGUGUCAACAGAAACAAGGACUGAUUUGUGCAGAUGGAGUUUAGAGGUGUCUGAUUGACCCAAGGUCUACGGGAGGGUUAUUCUUCUUCUGCACAAUGCUUCCAAAGGAACAAACUCAGUGACGUCCAGCUCUAAAGAAACACUUUAUUUAGUAACAACUAUUCUUUAUAAAUUCAGCCUCGUCACCCAGUGAUCUGAGCAGUGAGCUGUCUCAGAAAGACUGUAAAAAAGUAUAAACAGAAACAAACAAUAACCUGUUAUGAUUUGCAUGUGUUUUUUGUGGGAUAUGGAAUAUUUAUUUUUGUAAAGACACCUGGAAGAGUAGCUAUUUUCUGGGGUGCAACCAACAACUAUUUUCAUUAUUGAUUCAUUUGCUGGUUAUGCAUCGUUUGGUUUAUAAAAUGAUGAAAAAAAUUCCAUCUCAGUUUCUCACUGGUGAUGUUUCUAAAUGUCUGGGUUUUUUUCAGUCCAAACACCGAGGAUAUUCAAAUAACUAUGAUACCAAACAGAGAAAUGCAGGUUAUCCAAUUCUGCCUGAAUCUUUUAAUUUUAUUUAUCAAUGAUCAAAAUAGUUUUCUGUUGAUCGAGUAAUUGAUUAGUUGGUUAUUCGUUGCAACUCUACAAUGGUCUAUGCAGCAGAUAAAAGGGUUCUUUUUGUACAAAUGUAUAAAUAAGAACAAUAAACAAUGUGUAUGUAUUCAACCCGAG